AUGGCCCGCAUCGCUACAGUCGUCACGGCCGUGUUCGCCCUUGCGGCCGAAGCCCUCCCCCAAGCAACGCCGGCCGGAGAAGGAUGCACAACGACUCUGACCGUCACGGAAACACCCAUGCCAACGCCGCCAUACUGGCGCGCGUGCUCCUUUGACGGCACGGCGCGCAUCUACAGCUCCACAGUCACAAUGAGCCACGGCGUCAACUGCCACGGAUGCCAUCGCGUCUCGGUGUCUUACGAGCCGCCUGUGCACUGUCCCGCCAACAUCUUCAAGGCAACAAGGACGGAAAGCACGCCGUACACGAUUCACACGACGGUUUGCGCUGCAAGCACAGGAUACUAG